CUAGCUGUAAAGUCACACAUAAUAUUUUAAAUUUUAGAAAAUUAAGUUGUUGAAAUUUUUACGCACUUUAUUACUUACGGAUUAUCAUUGGUUAAAGUAAAAACAAGAAAAUAAUACUUUUAUUAUUAAAUUUCUAAUAUAAUGAAAUAAUGUUAAAAAUAAUUUAAAUUAACUCUUUAGUUCAAUUGAGCUAGCCAGGAAAACCAGUGACUUGGCAGAAUUUAAGUCAUUGGUUAAUAUGCAUGACUAAAUGCAUGACGCGUAGGACGUAAUCAUCUUCUUUUUUGAAGUAACGUCUGUAUUAUAUAAGAUAAGAAUUGAGUUAUCGAACCCGUGACACCGUCAACUGCUAGAACUUACGCAAUUUUUUUUAUUCGGCCAGCGAGGAAAGAAUACUUGUGUGAUUUUUUAUUGAAAUGUCUAAAUCAAGAACAGAGGAAGAAAAGCUGCUUGUAGAUCGUAAGCCAAUGCAGCAAAUAGAUCUCAUUCUUGUUGGUAAGACUGGCCAUGGGAAAAGCUCAACAGCCAAUUCAAUUUUGGGGAAACAGUCUUUUAGGUCUUCAAGUUCAGUUAAUUCAGUGACUAAUGGCAUACAGUACGAGGUUUCUUUAUUUGAUAACUAUGCUCUUAAAGUCGUGGACACUCCAGGGGUAGCGGACACUAAUACAAUAAAAGACCCAGUUAAGGCUUCCAAGCUGAUCAUGGAGCAAAUGAAAGAUGCUGUCAUAUUAAAUCCCGAUGGUUACCACGCGUUUCUAUUAGUCUACAAGUUUGGCUUAAGGUACACCAACGAAGAGCUGGAAAGCAUAAAACUUUUAAAACUCAUUUUCGGGAAAGAUUUUGUCAAGAAUUACUGUAUUUUAAUUCUCACUGGAGGGGAUUCAUUUUUGGUACAAUGCAGAGGUCAAACUUUAAAGGAAUGGUUAAAUAAACAAGACGGGGCAUUUAAUACUUUAACUAAAGAAUGCAACGAACGAGUCAUUCUUUUCAACAAUGCCACAAGUAAUGAAUAUACUAAAAGAAAACAAUUAGAAGAGCUAUUAUCAUGCGUUGAGAACUUGAAAACAGGUUCUCGUAGGUACACAAAUAGAGAUUUUGAGCUUGCAAAGACUAGCCGUCAGCGUCUAUCUAAUGUAAAAAUAAUAGGUGAUGAGCUAAUAAAUGUCGAAAUAAUUAUAAUGUCCCUUCUGAAGAAUAUAUCCCAAAUUGAUUUUAAUCAAAUGAGAAUAUAUAUCAACCAAAUUGACUCGCUUAUAAGCAGGCUUAUUCUGGUUGGUAAAAAGUCUGACAUUCAGAGCCAAUUCUUGCAACAGCUUGUGGACGUGAAUGGAGCUCUUCGCGAAGUGUAUAGACAGCAUGAACUUUUGGCUGAAAACGGAGAGAAGCUUAAGGAAGAAGCAAAACGUCUGAGCUGCUUACUUUCUGAUUACGUUCAGAGGGGUGCUGAUUUCAGAGAAUCUGUAAGGAAAGAAUUUGAGGCAGACAUGGUGAUAAAACAUAUACUAUCAGAUGAAACAAUAUUAAACAACAACUUAAAGGAAAUGUUGAAUAAUUUGGAGAAUGAACUGAGCACAUGUGCAAAAAAUCUUACAACAUUAAUUAAGGAGAAAAUGUGACAACUAUUUCAAAACUCAGUCUAAUUUUUGCUGCAUUUUUUUGUAGCCUAGGUUUAU